GGGUGGCUGGGUGGCGAUGUUGCAGGCGGAGGCGAAAGUAAAACCUCUCUCUCUCUCUCUCUCUCUCUCCGAGCUACAGUGUGAAAGUGCUGUGCAAAUGCGUGUUAAAAAGAGGAACUGGCGGCGCGACAGCACAGAGAAGCUCUUUACAGAAGUUCUUGUUAAAGCUUCAGGAUUCAGGAUCUUCACUUUCUACACGAGUCUUUAUUAUUAAUGUAAAGCUUUAUGCUUUGGUCAGAUUUAGGCUACAUGAGCGGAUCCGACUGAAAAGGAAACUGAUGGAUCUCUUUCUGUUUAUGGGGCGAAAUUUUUAAAUCCUGAUUAUUUUUAAAAGGAAAAAAAACAAAAACAAAAAGCUCUUUAAAGGCCUGCGAGUGAAGACACUUCCGGGAAACCCUGCUACGACACUACAGCUCUGCUUGGUCCUCGGCUUCAAGGGCCUCAGUGGAUGCAGCAUUUCGCCUUCUGUCAGGGGAGACGAACACGACUGGCUUCUUUGGUGACGCUGACACAGAUGGAGACGGUGUUGCUUUGGGCAUUCUGACAGAUGGAACUGUGUCUUUUUUAAGAUCAGGUUGCCUCGCAAAGCCCAUUUCCCACUGCAAAUAGUUCUCAAAGUCGUCGGGCCUUGUGAAUUGCUAGGAUUCUGAAGGAACGUUACUGAGGUAUGACUGACUGGAAUUUGGGCUUGGAGACCCUGAGCGAGGUGGCACUGAACAGACUUGCAGAGAUGCUGGACAACUCAAACUGUGGCUGGAGGCAAUUGGCAGCAGCAGUUAAAGAGCAACCACAAUUUUGCUACAGUGAGAAGGAGAUGACCAGCUGCUCUCUCCAGGUGCUCAGUGCUCGUGGCAGUCCUGGCCGAUCCCUGCUGGCUCUGCUCACUGACAGGAAGUGCUCUCUGGCCUACUUGAUGCAAUGCCUUAAAAAGAUUGAACACCAUGGGGCUGUCAGUUUCCUCACUGCAUGCGUGGUACCAGUAGAGAUAACUAUGAAUCCUCAGAGUGUUCAAGUCCCGAAGGGCAGUACAGUGACACUCAGCUGCAGAGCCGUUGGCCCGCCAGGACUCAGCUACCAGUGGUUCAGGAGGGGAGACGAGGUACCUGGUGGGAAUGCAUCAGAGCUGAUUAUGAACCCAGCUCAGGAAGGCUCCUACAUUUGUCGCAUCAAUGCCGGGGAAAAGUAUGUGUUCAGUGAUUGGGCCCACAUCCGACUACUCCGCUCUGCCGGUUCAGGCUCUGAUGUGAGCUUCCCAUCAUCGAUGAGUGGGUUGUGUAUAACGCAGCAGCCCAGAGCUCACGUGCUGUCCGAGGGUGAUACCUUACAUCUGGAAUGUUCUGUCCAGGCCAACCCACCUCCACAGUUUCAGUGGUACCACAACAAGCAACCACUACUAAAGGCCAUCAGACAGUUCAUAAAGAUUCCUUGUGUAACCACAGCAGACAGAGGUAUCUACAGCUGCAGAGUGUACAAUCUGUAUCAUGAGGUGUGGAGUGACAAUGUGCAAGUAGAAAUUGGUCCUGGGUCCUGCACUGAUGCCUACUGGGAAACAGAUGAUGCACAUAAAGCCAGUUCUCUUCCCCGACAGAUGAGCGAUUUAUAUGCCACAGACAAGGUCGCACUGCUGAUGGGAAAUAUGAAUUAUGCACACCAUCGGGAGCUCAGAGCCCCCAUGGCUGACGUGUAUGAGCUGAGCAACCUCUUGCGGCAGCUCGACUUCAAGGUGGUGUCACUGCUCGACCUCAACCGGCAUGAGAUGCACCGAGCUGUCAGCGAGUUCCUACUGCUGCUCAGCCGCGGAGUCUACGGGCUGCUUUACUACGCUGGACACGGCUAUGAGAAUUAUGGAAACAGCUUCAUGGUGCCUAUAGAUGCUCCAGCCUCGUACACGUCGGAUCACUGUCUCUGGGUGCAGGACGUUCUGCAGCGCAUGCAGGAGCGUCAGACUGACCUCAACGUCUUCUUGCUUGAUAUGUGUCGCAAGCGAAACCUGAAUGAUGACAUCAUCCAGCAGCCUGGACCGCUGAAAGUCACAGCAAACAUUGUGUUUGGCUAUGCGACAUGUGUUGAUGCAGAGGCUUUUGAGGUGAACAAAGAUGACUUGUCCAAUGGCAUCUUCAUGAGCUUCCUGAAGAAGAGACUGAUGGAGCAGGAGAAGGUCACCGUCAUGCUGGACAGAGUAGCUGAAGAUAUGGGCAGAUGUGAGCUGACUCGUGGUCGACAGGCCCUAGAGCUGCGCAGUAACCUUUCCGAGCGCCGGGCUCUGACAGAUCGAAUUCAGGCACCAGAGUGUCCAGUUAUGGCAUCAACACGCAACCUGCAGUGGUCUAUAGCACAUGCUCUGCCAGAGAGUCGUGUGCUUCAGUUUGACUGUGGUGUGAAGGUACAGCUGGGUUUCGCAGCAGAGUUUUCCAACAUCAUGAUCAUCUACACUCGGAUACUAGAGACACCCACAGACAUCAGUACCUGCUCUGCCCAGCUGUCUGAUUUCACUGAGGGCCCAGAAAUUGACCUAAAGCGAACCAAUCAAGCGAGUCUCCGAGAUGCUGGGAGUUUACUGUUAGUCAUGGACGAUCGUCUACCCCCAGAGCAGCCACGACUUUUCACUCGUCUUUGUGCACUGCAGAGACUCAAGAGCGAGCUGUCUUUCACUGUGUGUUUGCACUAUCAGUACAUUAAUCUUGAUGAGGAGGUGCAGGAAUGCCGAACGGUAACUGUGGGCAAACCCCUGGUUUCCAAACUGAACCUGCACGAGCCACAGCAACUCCGCACUUCAUCAGCAUCAUUCUCUUCUGAUCUUCAGUCUGCCAGCAUGCCACCAUGCAUGUCUUUUGCUCACGAUUUGCAGGCCAGUUUGCCUUCCUUAGAUGCCAGCGCUUCCUUCACUGAAUCCUCCUUCACGGAGUCCUACUUCCACACACAUGCUGGAUUCUCUUCAGCUUCUAAUCUGAAGAGGAUAAACGAACCCGAGGAGAACAUCAGCCCUGAGUUCCUCACAUCAGAGGAACCCAGAGCAUCCAAAAGUUUCACUCACACUAGUACUGACAAACCUUUUAAAUUCAGCAACUUUCAUUCCUUCUAGUGUAAACAUGUGCAAUAUGACCUCAGCUUCUUUUUCUAUUAAUAUUUAUCUCCAAAUGGUGCCAGCUCUCCAAUGGUGCUUAGCUCUGGGUCAUUCCUUGUAUAUGACAUUUUUUAGGCCUCAGGGUAUUUUAAAAUAUCUGACAAUCUCUUUAUGGUGCAAGCACUUAUCCUGAAAGUAUAUUAUGUAUAGAUUAAUAAUCUAUUUUCAAAAGAACAUGUACAUGUUGUGUAUAAAUGUCUCCCUGUUGGGAAUCACAGGUAAUAGGGUGGACUUAGAGAGGCAACAUUCUGAAACAUGGUAGAAUAUUAGUUGAACGUAAACAUAUUUUGAAAUAACUGUCUUAGAUGUGUAUUUAAAAAGUAUGAAAUGUUUAUUUCCUGUGUAUUUUAAGCUAACAGGGUGGAACAUAAGCUGGAAAUAUAAAGACAAAAAAGUUAUUGUGGUAGAAUAAUAGCUUACCUUGAAAUAACUAUUAUUUUUGAAAUAACUGGACCUUAUUAAAAAUGAUGAAAUGGUAUUGAUUUUCUGUGUGUUUGAACCUAACAGAAAGGAAAUCCAGAGAUAAUUUGUCAUUCAGGAAAAUUAGUUAUUGUGGUAGAAUAAUAGUGACUCAUACAUUUUGAAAAAUGUAUGCAUGUAACAUACUCUUACAUAAAGAGGAGUGUUAGAGCUUACCCAUCUUAGUAAAUUGUAAUACUCAUCAAAUGUCAAAGUGAAAGGGAAAAAUGGUAGCCAUUCUUAAGUUCUUAAACAAUAGCACUACAUACUAACAGGAAAUUAUAAUGGGGACAGAUGAAAAACCAUUAAAUAUUUGUGAAAUAUGAGAAUUAACUGAAGUGGUCUUAAGUAGGCAUAAUAGGCAUAAUUUAUAUUGUUAUGGUAGUGUUAUUGAUGUACAUAAUAGUGUUAUUGAUGUACAUAGUGUUUAUUGUACAUAAACAAGCACUUCGAUAUGAAAAAGCAGGCUAAAAAUCUGCUUUAUCGUUCAAGACACCAUGCACAAUGAAUGACUUGCCUACAAAGGACUACCUAUUUUUUAAUUAUUAAUUUUUGAAUUGUAAUACUGUCAGGCUAUGUAAUAUACCAUGUAUACAGUGUUAUACCAUGGACUGAUUGCAUUUUUAUGAGUCAUAUGCAUGUAAUGACACUGAUCACUUUCCAAUACUUUGCAUCAUUUAACUUUUUGAAAGUUUUUUCCGAGUCAUUAAUUAAUAUUUUUGUGACUAUUUGUGAAUUUAAAAAAUAAGCUUAAAAUUAAAUCAGAGCAUAUGGGGAGGCAAGAAAAGGGUAUGGCGUUAAAGGGAAGUAGUAUUGUGAUGAAAGGGUAGGGGUUUGAAUGGUGGGAAUGUACAAACCCGUUUCCAAAAAUGUUGGGACGCUGUAAAAAUUAUAAAUAAAAAUAGAAUGCAAUGAUUUGAAAA